UGGUGUGUCAUGUCCUAUAUCCUCUCUGGUGUGUAGUGUGCUGUAUCCUCUCUGGUGUGUCAUGUCCUAUAUCCUCUCUGGUGUGUAGUGUACUGUAUCCUCUCUGGUGUGUAGUGUGCUGUAUCCUCUCUGGUGUGUAGUGUGCUGUAUCCUCUCUGGUGUGUAGUGUACUGUAUCCUCUCUGGUGUGUAGUGUGCUGUAUCCUCUCUGGUGUGUAGUGUCCUGUAUCCUCUCUGGUGUGUGGUGUGCUGUAUCCUCUCUGGUGCCUCGUGUCCUGUAUCCUCUCUGGUGUGUAGUGUCCUGUAUCCUCUCUGGUGUGUAGUGUCCUGUAUCCUCUCUGGUGUGUAGUGUCCUGUAUCCUCUCUGGUGCGCGUUGUGUCCUGUAUCCUCUCUGGUGCGUUAUGUGCUGUAUCCUCUCUGGUGUGUAGUGUGCUGUAUCCUCUCUGGUGUGUAGUGUGCUGUAUCCUCUCUGGUGCGUCGUGUGCUGUAUCCUCUCUGGUGCGUUGUGUACUGUAUCCUCUCUGGUGUGUAGUGUGCUGUAUCCUCUCUGGUGUGUCAUGUCCUAUAUCCUCUCUGGUGUGUAGUGUCCUGUAUCCUCUCUGGUGUGUAGUGUGCUGUAUCCUCUCUGGUGUGUAGUGUGCUGUAUCCUCUCUGGUGUGUAGUGUACUGUAUCCUCUCUGGUGUGUAGUGUGCUGUAUCCUCUCUAGUGUGUAGUGUGCUGUAUCCUCUGUUGUGUAGUGUGCUGUAUCCCCUGUUGUGUAGUGUGCUGUAUCCUCUCUGGUGUGUAGUGUGCUGUAUCCUCUCUGGUGUGUAGUGUGCUGUAUCCUCUGGUGUGUAGUGUGCUGUAUCCUCUCUGGUGUGCAGUGUGCUGUAUCCUCUGGUGUGUAGUGUGCUGUAUCCUCUGGUGUGUAGUGUGCUGUAUCCUCUCUGGUAUGUCUUGUCCUGUAUCCUCACUGGUGUGUAGUGUACUGUAUCCUCUCUGGUGUGUAGUGUGCUGUAUCCUCCAGUGUGUAGUGUGCUGUAUCCUCUCUGUUGUGUAGUGUGCUGUAUCCUCUGUUGUGUAGUGUGCUGUAUCCUCUCUGGUUUGUAGUGUGCUGUAUCCUCUCUGGUGUGCAGUGUGCUGUAUCCUCUCUGGUGUGUAGUGUGCUGUAUCCUCUCUGGUGUGUAGUGUGCUGUAUCCUCUCUGGUGUGCAGUGUGCUGUAUCCUCUGGUGUGUAGUGUGCUGUAUCCUCUCUUGUUUGUAGUGUGCUGUAUCCUCUCUGGUGUGCAGUGUGCUGUAUCCUCUCUGGUGUGUAGUGUGCUGUAUCCUCUCUGGUGUGUAGUGUGCUGUAUCCUCUGGUGUGUAGUGUGCUGUAUCCUCUCUGGUUUGUAGUGUGCUGUAUCCUCUCUGGUGUGUAGUGUGCUGUAUCCUCUCUGGUGUGUAGUGUGCUGUAUCCUCUGGUGUGUAGUGUGCUGUAUCCUCUCUGGUUUGUAGUGUGCUGUAUCCUCUCUGGUGUGUAGUGUGCUGUAUCCUCUGGUGUGUAGUGUCCUGUAUCCUCUCUGGUGUGCAGUGUGCUGUAUCCUCUCUGGUGUGUAGUGUGCUGUAUCCUCUGGUGUGUAGUGUGCUGUAUCCUCUCUGGUUUGUAGUGUGCUGUAUCCUCUCUGGUGUGCAGUGUGCUGUAUCCUCUCUGGUGUGUAGUGUGCUGUAUCCUCUCUGGUGUAUAGUGUGCUGUAUCCUCUGGUGUGUAGUGUGCUGUAUCCUCUCUGGUUUGUAGUGUGCUGUAUCCUCUCUGGUGUGUAGUGUGCUGUAUCCUCUCUGGUGUGUAGUGUGCUGUAUCCUCUGGUGUGUAGUGUGCUGUAUCCUCUCUGGUUUGUAGUGUGCUGUAUCCUCUCUGGUGUGCAGUGUGCUGUAUCCUCUCUGGUGUGUAGUGUACUGUAUCCUCUGUUGUGUAGUGUGCUGUAUCCUCUGGUGUGUAGUGUGCUGUAUCCUCUCUAGUGUGUAGUGUGCUGUAUCCUCUCUGGUGUGUAGUGUGCUGUAUCCUCUCUGGUUUGUAGUGUGCUGUAUCCUCUGGUGUGUAGUGUGCUGUAUCCUCUCUAGUGUGUAGUGUGCUGUAUCCUCUCUGGUUUGCAGUGUGCUGUAUCCUCUCUGGUGUGCAGUGUGCUGUAUCCUCUGGUGUGUAGUGUGCUGUAUCCUCUCUGGUGUGUAGUGUCUUGUAUCCUCUCUGGUUUGUAGUGUGCUGUAUCCUCUCUGGUGUGCAGUGUGCUGUAUCCUCUGGUGUGUAGUGUGCUGUAUCCUCUCUGGUACGUCUUGUCCUGUAUCCUCUCUGGUGUGUAGUGUCUUGUAUCCUCUCUGGUGUGUAGUGUCUUGUAUCCUCUCUGGUGUGUAGUGUCCUGUAUCCUCAGUGGUGCGUUGUGUCCUGUAGCCUCACACUUCAGCUCCACUCAUUGGUACUGAGUGAACUGGACUCUGUUCUAAACCAAGACCCUGACUAUGGAGGCUCAUGGGGCCAAAACAGAGCUGGAACAGAAUAUAGACUCACGUGGGAAUACCGUAUUGGAUAAGAGGACGAGCGUUUCACCCCACAUCUCCCCGAGACUGUUUCGUAAGCAGGUGGUGAACAAGCGCCGUUACAGGCGCUUCACUGUGGACCACACCUGCUUCGAUGUGGAGAAUGGCCCGUCUGCGUGCUGCAGCCCCUCGGGUCUCCAGGCGUCCCCUGGCUCCGGCCUGGUCCUGCACCCCAACCUGGGGGCCCACGGGCAGCGCCGAGAGUCCUUCCUCUACCGCUCUGACUCGGACUACGACCUGUCGCCCAAGUCUCGCGAGUUGUCCCGGAACUCCUCUAUCGUCGGAGAACUGCAUGGAGAAGACCUGAUCGUGACCCCCUUUGCUCAGGUUCUGGCCAGUCUCCGCACGGUACGGAACAACUUCACCACCUUGACCAAUGUACAAUGUACCUCCAAGAGAUCACCUGCUGGCCCCCAGCCUCCCGUCACCAGAGUCUGUCAGUCAGACGAGUCGUACCAGAAGCUGGCCAUGGAGACCAUGGAGGAGCUGGACUGGUGUCUGGACCAGCUGGAGACCAUCCAGACCUACCGCUCCGUCAGCGACAUGGCCUCCAACAAGUUCAAGAGGAUGUUGAACCGGGAGCUGACGCACCUGUCGGAGAUGAGUCGCUCCGGCAACCAGGUGUCAGAGUUCAUCUCCAACACCUUCCUAGACAAGCAGAAUGAGUUGGAAUUACCGUGCCCCAUGGCCAAGACCAGAGAGUGGAAGAAGAGACCCCACCACCAGACCCAGCUGGAGGGUCAGGGGACCUUGACCCAGAUCAGCGGGGUCCGGAAGCUCAGCCAUUCCACUGAGCUCCAAGGCAGCAGCAUCAGCCGCUUUGGGGUCAAGACAGAUCAGGAAGACCUGCUGUCUAAGGACCUUGAGAACAUCAACAAGUGGGGUUUGAACAUCUUCAGGGUGGCCGAGCACUCCCACAACCGCCCGCUCACAUGCACCAUGUACACCAUCUUCCAGGAGCGAGACCUGAUGAAUACGUUUAAAAUCCCUACGGACACCUUCGUGACCUUCAUGAUGACCCUGGAGGCCCACUACCACUCAGACGUAGAAUACCACAACAGCCUCCACGCUGCAGACGUGGCCCAGUCCACACACAUCCUGCUCUCUACACCCGCUCUGGACGCCGUCUUCACGGAUCUGGAGAUCUUGGCGGCCGUCUUUGCGGCAGCCAUCCAUGACGUGGACCACCCUGGGGUCUCCAACCAGUUCCUCAUCAACACCAACUCAGAGCUGGCCCUGAUGUACAACGAUGAGUCUGUCCUGGAGAACCACCACCUGGCUGUGGGCUUUAAGCUGCUGCAGGAAGACAACUGUGACAUCUUCCAGAACCUGACCAAGAAAGAACGCCAAUCCCUCCGCAGGAUGGUCAUAGACAUGGUCCUGGCCACAGACAUGUCUAAACACAUGAGCCUAUUGGCUGACCUGAAGACCAUGGUGGAGACCAAGAAGGUGACCAGCUCUGGAGUGCUGCUGCUGGACAACUACACAGACAAGAUACAGGUGAUGCGUAACAUGGUUCACUGUGCUGACCUCAGUAACCCCACCAAGUCUCUGGACCUGUACCGCCAGUGGACCGACCGCAUCAUGAACGAGUUCUCCCACCAGGGAGACCGGGAGAGGGAGAAAGGCAUGGAGAUCAGUCCCAUGUGUGACAAGCAUACGGCUUCAGUGGAGAAGAGUCAGGUGGGUUUCAUAGACUACAUCGUCCACCCGCUGUGGGAGACGUGGGCCGACCUGGUGCACCCGGACGCCCAGGACAUCCUGGACACCCUGGAGGACAACAGGAACUGGUACCAGAGCAUGAUCCCUCAGAGGCCCUCUCCCCCCUUCUGCACCGGUGACGGAGAGGGGGACGGAGAGGGAGGACACAGAUUCCAGUUUGAGCUGACGCUAGAUGACGAACAGGAUGGAGAGAUGGGAGUGGAGGAGGGCGAGAGAGGAACGGAAGAGGGGUGGUCGCCAGUUGACCAGGGCGGAGUGUAGAUGAACACACGUGGGGCUUCCCCCACAUAAUGAGCCGUGACCUGCUAUCUUCAUAAAUGGAAGCACCAGUUUUAGGUUGUGUUUCACAUCUUGUUCUACUGCAGUGGAGGAAUCCUGCAAUCUGGCUCUUUGGCGUUGCUCUGCUUAUGCACUAGGGCCUGACUGGCUUUGGACCCAUGCAGAAGAGGGUGGGGAACCACAACACUUGAUUUGGGAGCCCUCAGGAAGAAGAGUAUGAAGAGUUAAAGAGUGAUGCCUUGAAGGAGUCCUGUUGAAAAUGCUAGUGUGUGACAGAAGUACCGUAUCUUGGUUUUUGGUAGCCAGAUAAUACAAUCUUUGUUCUGACAAAUACUGAAGAUGAAACUAAGCUAGGCGAAGACACUCUGUUGCGUUCAAUUGGGACAAGAUGAAAUACUUGCACUUCAGAGCGAUCUUUGUUCUUCGUGACUAUUUUCGAGUACAUGUUUUGUUUUGUAACAGGAUGGGAUGCUGCCAGGUAUCAUCCUAUGUUCAAACUAGUGAUCCACAGGUGUUUGUAACAAACAUCUACCCUAAGAACAUCUACCCUUUUUGUGACAAGUGUUUAAAGACUUUUGUGUGCCUUUUGUUUUUUACGACAGGGUAUUUUGGACGUGAUUUUAUAAUUUAUUGAACAGGUUUGAACACGUCUUCCUGAUAUUUUUCAGCAAUAGUCGCACAAGUUGCACUUUUUCUAAGGGUAGGAAGGGAGCUGAGAACAUGUUUAAACUAAAGAGUCAAUAAAUCUACUAAUGAGAGGUUCUUCAUUACAGCCAAUUAAUGACUCUAUACAUGUAUUGUUAUAUGGUACCUCACACAUUUCAAAUCAAUAUCAACAAAUGCCACAGAACCUACAAGUUCCAUAUUCACAGCAAAAGGCAGUUUGCAAACCUGUUACUUUUGAUUUUACAUAUUUGCUUCACCGUAAAGCAAUGAUCUCGAUCUUUUCCCAUGUAAUCUGUCGAAACCAAUACGCUCCGAAUACGUCCUGAUUAAUGCACAUUAACAGCCGAAUGGAACUCUGCCCUAAGAGAGGUGUAUUGCCAUACCUGAUUAAAACUUCAAUCAAAUUUCUUCAUAUAUAUAUAUAUAUAUAUAUAUAUUUUUUUUUUAUAUAUUUGUAAUUUUCCAUAUCACCCUUCCAAGAAUGGAAGAGGUGUAAAUUUGAUCUCUUAAUAUAAUGAAUGCAUAUAAUUAAAUAAUUGAGGCCAAUCAAAGCUUUGAAUGGUUUCUUUCCAGACAGAGAGAGAGAGAGAGAGACAUCUGAUAUUCUGAAGCCCCAGACCAAAGUCUAAAAAACAAACCUCUAUUCAACAAUGUCUGAUGUCAGCUAAUUUUACUAUUUUGCCAUAUCCUCCUUGAGCUGACACCUCACAAGUUUAGGCAGAAAUGGCAGAACAAAAACUAAACCAAAAAAACAGAUGGCACCUUUUUAAAUGUUGAUUCAAUGAUAACUUCAUGUAAUCUAAAAUGUCCCCUGUAGUUUUCUCCAUCAUUUCUGUCAAGCACUUUGACCAGUUGGAUAGCUCAGCGCCUAGUCUGUCAGCAAUACAUCUAAAUGGUACUGCGAUGUAAACUGCAGCUCUCAGCUUUGGGGAGAUCAGCAGAACAACAUUUCCCACAUUGACUCUCUCCCUCUGUGUGUGUGUGUGUGUGUGUGUGUGUGUGUGUGUGUGUGUGUGUGUGUGUGUGUGUGUGUGUGUGUGUGUGUGUGUGUGUGUGUGUGUGUGUGUGUGUGUGUGUGUGUGUGUGUGUGUGUGUGUGUGUGUGUGUGUGUGUGUGUGUGUGUGUGUGUGAAUGAAUGAGGAAAACUUAGCCACUCAAUCUCCUCUUCUUUCCACCUAGUCCUGUGUCAAACCUUGAACUGUUUGAAACAGUGUAUUUAUGAUCUUUCAUCUGUAAAUAGAACAAUAUUUAUAAACUGUACAUUUGGUAUCAUUUAUAUGCACUACCAUUACCUGUCAAAACAGGUCAAACAUUUGUUCAACUGUAUAAUCCUCAAAAUUUACACAGAACAUUCUUAAACAGCCUUUCAGAUUCACAAUGGUGACAUUGUGAAUUGUUAAACUGAUUGCCAAGAAAUGUCAAUUGUCAACUUGAAUUUCUCAAUAAAUUGUUUUGGGGAAAUACUCUCAAACUAAACAAUUCCAGGAUUUGAAAUUCAAAUGGUUGGUUAGGAUCUGGAAAUCCCUAAAUCUACAGUAGUCUACAGUAGUCUAUAGUAGUCUAUAGGAGUCUAUAGUAAUGUACAGUAGUCUACAGUAGUCUAUAGUAGUCUAUAGGAGUCUAUAGUAAUGUACAGUAGUCUACAGUAGUCUAUAGUAAUGUACAGUAGUCUACAGUAGUCUAUAGGAGUCUAUAGUAAUGUACAGUAGUCUAUAGGAGUCUAUAGUAAUGUACAGUAGUCUACAGUAGUCUAUAGGAGUCUAUAGUAAUGUACAGUAGUCUACAGUAGUCUAUAGUCAUGUACAGUAGUCUAUAGUAGUCUAUAGUAGUCUACAGUAGUCUAUAGGAGUCUAUAGUAAUGUACAGUAGUCUACAGUAGUCUAUAGUAAUGUACAGUAGUCUAUAGUAGUCUAUAGUAGUCUACAGUAGUCUAUAGUAGUCUACAGUAGUCUAUAGUAGUCUACAGUAGUCUAGAGUAGUAUGCAGUAGUCUAGAGUAGUCUACAGUAGUCUAUAGUAAUGUGCAGUAGUCUAUAGUAGGCUACAGUAGUCUAUAGUAAUGUACAGUAGUCUACAGUAGUCUAUAGUAAUGUACAGUGGUCUACAGUAGACUAUAGUAGUCUACAGUGGUCUUCAGUAGUCUACAGUAGUCUAUAGUAGUCUUCAGUAGUCCACAGUAGUCUAUAGUAGUGUACAGUGGUCUUCAGUAGUCUACAGUAGUCUAUAGUAGUCUUCAGUAGUCCACAGUAGUCUAUAGUAGUGUACAGUGGUCUUCAGUAGUCUACAGUAGUCUAUAGUAGUCUUCAGUAGUCCACAGUAGUCUAUAGUAGUGUACAGUAGUCUACAGAUUUACACGGAACAUUCUUAAACAGCCUUUCAGAUUCACAAUAUUCACAAUGGUGACAUUGUGUAGUAAUGUACAGUAGUCUACAGUAGUCUAUAGUAAUGUACAGUAGUCUACAGUAGUCUACAGUAAUCUAUAGUCGUCUAUAGUAGUCUACAGUAGUCUAUAGUAGUGUACAGUAGUCUACGGUGGUCUAUAGUAGUCUACAGUUGUCUACAGUAGUCUUCAGUAGUCUAUAGUAGUCUAUAGUAGUCUACGGUGGUCUAUAGUAGUCUAUAGUAGUCUACAGUAGUCUACAGUAGUCAAACACACAACAUCUCUUGGGCGGUGCUUGGCAGAAACGUAAUUCCUUGGUUUCUAUUGUCUACAGUAGUCUACAGUAGUCUAGUAGUGUACAGUAGUCUAUGGUGGUCUAUAGUAGUCUACAGUUGUCUACAGUAGUCUUCAGUAGUCUAUAGUAGUCUAUAGUAGUCUACGGUGGUCUAUAGUAGUCUAUAGUAGUCUACAGUUGUCUACAGUAGUCUUCAGUAGUCUACAGUAGUCUUCAGUAGUCUUCAGUAGUCUAUAGUAGUCUAUAGUAGUCUACGGUGGUCUAUAGUAGUCUAUAGUAGUCUACAGUAGUCUACAGUAGUCAAACACACAACAUCUCUUGGGCGGUGCUUGGCAGAAACGUAAUUCCUUGGUUUCUAUUGUCUAUAGUAGUCUACAGUAGUCUACAGUAGUCUAUAGUAGUCUAUAGUAGUCUACAGUAGUCUAUAGUAGUCUAUAGUAGUCUACAGUAGUCUAGUAGUGUACAGUAGUCUAUGGUGGUCUAUGGUAGUCUACAGUAGUCUAUGGUGGUCUAUAGUAGUGUACAGUAGUCUACGGUGGUCUAUAGUAGUCUACAGUAGUCUAGUAGUGUACAGUAGUCUACGGUGGUCUAUAGUAGUCUACAGUAGUCUUCAGUAGUCUACAGUAGUCCACAGUAGUCAAACACACAACAUCUCUUGGGCGGUGCUUGGCAGAAACGUAAUUCCUUGGUUUGUAUUGUCUAUAGUAGUCUACAGUAGUCUAUAGUAGUCUAUAGUAGUCUAUAGUAGUCUACAGUAGUCUACAGUAGUCUAUAGUAGUCUACAGUAGUCUAUAGUAGUCUUCAGUAGUCCACAGUAGUCUAUAGUAGUCUACAGUAGUCUACAGAUUUACACGGAACAUUCUUAAACAGCCUUUCAGAUUCACAAUAUUCACAAUGGUGACAUUGUGUAGUAAUGUACAGUAGUCUACAGUAGUCUAUAGUAAUGUACAGUAGUCUACAGUAGUCUACAGUAAUCUAUAGUCGUCUAUAGUAGUCUACAGUAGUCUAUAGUAGUGUACAGUAGUCUACGGUGGUCUAUAGUAGUCUACAGUAGUCUAUAGUAGUGUACAGUAGUCUACGGUGGUCUAUAGUAGUCUACAGUAGUCUACAGUAGUCUAUAGUAGUCUACAGUAGUCUAGUAGUGUCCAGUAGUCUAUGGUGGUCUAUAGUAGUCUACAGUUGUCUACAGUAGUCUUCAGUAGUCUACAGUAGUCUACAGUAGUCUUCAGUGGUCUAUAGUAGUCUAUAGUAGUCUACGGUGGUCUAUAGUAGUCUAUAGUAGUCUACAGUAGUCUACAGUAGUCAAACACACAACAUCUCUUGGGCGGUGCUUGGCAGAAACGUAAUUCCUUGGUUUCUAUUGUUUUCCUGUUGUUUUCUGGAGCCAUAUGGAGGCUGCAUUGUUCCGAUAUUAUGUACGGUGACGGGUCAUUGUACAGCUUUAUGUUUAUUGAAAUAUUACAUUGUUUAAGAUGUACUUAUAUUUCCCAUGUAUUUCUCAAAAGUCUCACACAAUGUAUGGUAAGGUAUUGUAUAUUGUGAUCAACAAAUAUUUUGUAUGAAAUUAUUAAAAUGAGCAUGAAUUUG